AUAAAGGCUGAUGAGGUAGCAAAUGAAAUUAACUCCUGGGUUGAAAAUGUUACUUCAAACUUGAUCAAAGAGCUCCUUCCUCCUGGAUCUGUCGACAGUGACACUAGAUUGGUCCUGGGGAAUGCACUCUACUUCAAAGGAUCGUGGACUGAAAAGUUUGAUGCAUCUAAGACAUUAAACUCUGAAUUCUACCUGCUGAAUGGAACAUCUGUCGAAGUGGCUUUCAUGACUAGUAGGAAAAAACAGUUUCUGGCCUCAUACGAUGGAUUCAAGGUUCUUAGGCUUCCCUAUAAGCAAGGUGAAGAUAAAAGGUCAUUCUCUAUGUAUAUCUUUUUGCCAGACGCCAAAGAUGGUCUAUGGAGUUUGGAGGAGAAGUUAAACAGCGAAUCUGAGCUCUUAACACGUUUUCUUCCGAUGCAAAAGGUUGAAGUGAACAAAUUCAAGCUGCCCAAAUUCAAGAUAUCAUUUGGUUUUGAAGCGUCUGCAGUGUUGAAAAGCUUGGGUCUUUUAUCACCUUUCAGUGUAGAUGCAGAUUUGUCAGAAAUGGUGGAUUCGCCUAUUGGGCACAACCUCUAUGUAUCAUCAAUUUUCCACAAAUCCUUCAUUGAAGUCAAUGAAGAAGGAACAGAAGCAGCUGCUGCUUCUGCUGCAGUAUUGAUGCUGAGGUCAAGGUCAUUCCGCAUGGACUUUGAUGCUGAUCACCCAUUUAUGUUUCUGAUCAGAGAAGACAUGACAGGAGUACUGCUGUUCACUGGGCAUGUUCUUAAUCCAUCAAUUGAGUAAGCUAUAAAUAUGCUAUCAAUCUCCUUGGAACUUGCAAGAUUUUGUUUCUGGUGAAAUGUACUGAGUUUCAUGCAUGAACGUUUA